CAUUACAGAGGAUUGGAUAAAAGAGCAUCCGUAUCUUCAAACACCAAAUCACGAUGCAGAUAUUGUUAAAAUGACAAAAAAUUGUAUCAAACGUCUUUUUCCUGAUGCAGAAACACGAACAGCAGUAACACUAGAGUUUGCUAAUUUUUUUGGAUGCUUUGAAGAGUUUGGUGAUGAAGAUUCUAUACGAGAUAGAUUGAAGUUGGAUCCACUGAAAUGGUGGGUAGCUUAUGGUAUAGGAGCCCCACAUCUUCGACCUCUUGCUGUGAGAUUACUUGGUCAAGUUUCUUCUUCAUCAUGCUGUGAAAGGAAUUGGAGUACUUAUUCAUUCAUCCACUCUACAAAAAGAAAUCGGAUUACUGUAGAACGUGCUGAUGAUUUGGUCUAUGUACAUAGCAAUCUCCGUUUGCUAUCAAGAAGAGCUCCACAAUAUAUGAAAGGUGAAUCUCAGAUGUGGGAUGUGGCAGGGGAUGCAUUUGAUGCCAUGGAUGAUAUUGGAAUUCUUGGAAUUGCUAAUCUAUCUCUUGAUGAACCUGAGUUGGAGUCUAUAUUAUUUUGUGAUGAUGGAGAAGGAGAAGGACCAAGUAAUUCUUAGAAGUGGAAUGUUAAUAGGU